GAUGCGGCGGGAGGCGUGAGGCGGCGCGGCUGAGGCGAGCAGCGGACGGGCGAUGCUCCGCCGCCGCGGCGGCUCCGCUGACGGGCGGCCCUAGGAGCGGCGGUGGCGCGACAGAAGGGACGGCUCUCCGGCCGGCCGGCCGCGACCCCCGCCCGCCGCGAUGGCCAGCGAGGUGGUGUGCGGGCUCACCUUCCGCCUGCUCCUGCCCGUGUGCUUGACUGCCGCCUGUGCUUUCCGUUACAAUGGGCUCUCCUUUGUCUACCUCAUCUAUCUCCUGCUCAUUCCUCUGUUUUCUGAACCCACAAAAGCAACCAUGCAAGGGCAUACAGGACGAUUAUUGAAAUCUCUGUGUUUCACCAGUCUAUCAUUUCUGCUGCUGCACAUCAUCUUUCAGAUUACAAUAAACAGUCUUGAAGCUGCAAAAACUAUUGAACCUGGUUUUAACUGUUCUACAUGGGAGAAAACAUUACGGCAGAUUGGUUUUGAAAGUGUGAAAGGAGCAGAUGCUGGGAACGUGAUCAGACUAUUUGUACCAGAUAUUGGGAUGUUCAUUGCUAGUCUGACAAUAUGGCUCAUCUGCCGCAACAUGUUUCAGAAGCCAGUAACCGAGGAUGCAGCACAGUGCAACAUGCAGUUUGAAAAUGAGGAGAUGGCUGUAAGAGAAAAAUUAGAGCCAGAUGAUGCUUUGAUGUAUGAAGAAGAUCUGGAUGACGACGACUGUGGAGAAGCAGAAUUUGAGGAGACCAUGAAAUUAAAACUGCUGCGUAGAAUUGCCUUCCUAGCAUCCAAACUGAGGGAGUUUAUUGGCAAUAUGAUAAUCACCACUGGAAAAGUUGUUGUUACAAUUUUACUUGGUUCAGCAGGCAUGAUGGUGCCAUCUUUGACCUCAGCUGUGUAUUUCUUUGUGUUUUUGGGCCUGUGCACAUGGUGGUCCUGUUGCCAAGCAUUUGAUCCGCUGAUAUUCAGCUGUCUGUGUGUAUUAAUGGCUAUAUUCAGUGCAGGACACUUGAUUGGACUUUAUCUGUACCAGCUACAGUUCUUUCAGGAGGUUGUUCCACCAAAAGAUUUCUAUGCCAGGUUAUUUGGUGUCACUUCUCUUACUCAGACAAACUGCUCAAGCACUUGGAUGAUCAUCAAAAAUCAGGAGUUACAUUGGUAUCACCAUGCUAAUCCAAUCUUGCUGCUGGUGAUGUACUACACCCUCGCCACUCUCAUUCGUCUCUGGCUGCAAGAGCCCAUUCAGACUCCUGAUGAAGAGAAAUCUGUCAGCAGGGAAGACGACAAAGAAAUUCCCUGCAGCCCAAUUCCCAUGACGGCGGAGAGGAGGCGCAGUCUGUGGUACGCGAGCCACUACACAACUGAUGAGAGAAAACUUCUGUCAAUGACCCAAGAUGAAUACAAGCCAUCGGAUGUGCUGCUGGUAACAGUGAACGGGAACCCUGCUGACUAUCACACCAUCCACCCUGCACUGCCCCUGGAAAAUGGUCCAGGCAAAGCAGACAUGUACUCCACACCACAGUACAAGUGGGAGCCUUCGGAGGGCAUGUCAGAAAAGGAAGAGGAGGAGGAGGAAGAAGAGGAAGUUACUCAGGAGGAAAAAGAAAAUGUUAAAUUACAUGCCCUGGUCUCUGUGUUUCAAUUUAUCAUGAAACAAAGCUACAUUUGUGCACUGAUAGCUAUGAUGGCAUGGAGCAUCACAUAUCACAGCUGGCUGACUUUUGUGUUACUGAUCUGGUCUUGCACAUUGUGGAUGAUUCGGGACCGAAGGAAAUACGCCAUGAUCAGUUCACCAUUCAUGGUUUUUUAUGGAAAUUUACUGCUAAUAUUGCAGUAUAUAUGGAGUAUUAAGCUCAGAAAUGAUGAACUUCCUCAAGUAUCUGGUUUUUUAAUAAGAAAGGAACCCGGAGAGCUGGCAUCAAAGAUUCUUUUCACAAUUACUUUCUGGCUACUGCUUAGGCAACACCUCACUGAACAGAAAGCACUUCGGCUAAAAGAAGCUACUUUAUCUGAGGUCAAAGUUGGAAGUGAAGAAAAUGAAGAAAAAGAAGAGGAGUCGCAAGAGGGAGAAGUGUCAGAAGAACAGGAAGAGGAGAAGGAAGAGGAGGAGGAGGGAGAGGAGGAGGAGGAUGAACAGGAUAUUAUGAAAGUCUUGGGAAACCUGGUGAUGGCUAUGUUAAUCAAGUAUUGGAUUUACGUCUGUGGGGGCAUGUUCUUCUUUGUCAGCUUUGAGGGUACAAUUGUCAUGUACAAAAUCAUCUACAUGGUACUGUUCCUCUUCUGUGUGGCCCUCUACCAGGUACACUAUGAAUGGUGGAGAAAGAUUUUAAAGUACUUCUGGAUGUCAGUGGUUGUUUACACGAUGUUGGUCCUUAUCUUCAUCUACACAUACCAGUUUGAGUCAUUCCCUGGGUUGUGGAAGAACAUGACAGGCCUGGAUGAAAGGAAACUAGAGGACCUUGGAUUAAAACAGUUUUCUGUGGGUGAUCUAUUUACACGCAUCUUUAUCCCCACCUCCUUCCUACUGGUGUGUAUCUUACACCUUCACUAUUUCCAUGAUCAGUUUCUCCAGAUCACUGAUUUGAAAGCUGUAACCAGCAAACAGGACAACACUAUUUACAGCCAUGCCAAAGUCAAUGGCCGUGUAUAUCUAAUAAUUAAUAGCCUCAAGAAAAAAAUACCAAACCACCAAAAUGAACUGGUGCACCAAGAUGGAAGCCUGCCUGACAUAACUAUGAUGAAUUUAACAGCCAGCAGAGAAAAGGAAGAGGAUAAAAUGCUGGAAGAGGCUGGUGAGAAAAGAAUGGAAGAGCCAGAGGGGGAGGGAGGGAAAGGGAGGGUCAAAAAAGGAAAAGAAGAAGAGAAGGAAGAUGAGGAUAAGGAAGAAGAUGAUGAUGAUGAUGACAAUGAAGACAAUGAAUCAGAGGAAGAAGAAACUACAGACUUAAGGAACAAGUGGCAUCUGGUGAUCGACCGCCUUACAGUGCUGUUUUUGAAAUUCCUGGAGUAUUUUCACAAGAUGCAAGUCUUUGUGUGGUGGCUGUUGGAGCUGCACAUCAUCAAAAUUGUUUCCUCUUACAUCAUCUGGGUCACAGUGAAAGAGGUGUCUCUGUUUAACUUUGUGUUUUUAAUUGCCUGGGCUCUUGCUUUGCCAUAUGCUCAGUUUCGCCCACUGGCAUCAAGUAUCUGCACUGUUUGGACAUGUGUGAUUAUUGUCUGCAAAAUGUUAUACCAGCUCACAUCUAUUGAUCCCAAGACUUUUUCCAGUAACUGUACAUUGCCAGGAGAGAAUGAAACUAAGGUCGAUUUAGAAGAACUGAAAACCUCAGUGCUCUACAGUGGGCCAGUUGAUCCUGCAGAGUGGGUUGGACUGAGAAAGUCUUAUCCCCUUCUUGUGUACUUAAGGAAUAACUUACUGAUGCUGGCUAUUCUGGCUUUUGAAGUUACAAUCUACCGUCACCAAGAAUACUACAGAUGUCGAAAUAACCUCACCACACCUGUGACUAAAACCAUUUUCCAUGAUAUUACAAGAGCACAUCUGGAUGAUGGACUUGUAAAUUGUGUCAAGUAUUUCAUAAACUACUUCUUCUACAAGUUUGGUUUGGAGACCUGUUUUCUCCUAUCAGUGAAUGUAAUUGGUCAAAGGAUGGAUUUUUAUGCAAUGAUUCAUGCCUUCUGGCUGAUUGCUGUAUUGUAUCGACGUAGGAGAAAAGCCAUUGCAGAGAUCUGGCCAAAAUAUUGCUGUUUCCUAGCAUGCAUCAUUACAUUUCAGUACUUCCUUUGCAUUGGCAUCCCACCUGCUCCUUGUAAAGAUUAUCCAUGGAGAAGUGGCAAUGCCAACUUUAACUCCAACAUCAUAAAGUGGUUAUACUUUCCAGACUUCAUUGUGAGACCAAACCCUGUCUUCCUCGUGUAUGACUUCAUGCUGCUUCUGUGUGCAUCCUUGCAAAGGCAGACGUUUGAGGAUGAAAAUAAAGCUGCAGUACGAAUCAUGGCUGGAGACAAUGUGGAAAUUUGCAUGAACCUUGAUGCAGCAUCCUUUAGCCAGCAUAAUCCUGUUCCUGACUUCAUCCACUGCCGGUCCUACUUAGACAUGUACAAGGUGAUAAUAUUUAGUUACCUCUUCUGGUUUGUGCUUACCAUAAUCUUCAUCACGGGAACCACAAGGAUCAGCAUAUUCUGUAUGGGCUACUUGGUGGCCUGCUUCUACUUCCUUCUCUUUGGUGGAGACCUGCUGCUGAAGCCCAUUAGGAGCAUCCUGCGUUACUGGGACUGGCUGAUUGCCUACAACGUCUUCGUGAUCACCAUGAAGAACAUCCUGUCGAUAGGAGCAUGUGGCUACAUUGAAUCAUUAAUUGAGAAUAGUUGCUGGGUGAUUCAGGCUUUUAGCCUGGCUUGUACGGUUAAAGGCUACCAUAUUCCAACGGGCAAUCUAGAUUGCAAACUGCCCAGUGGAGAAGCAGGAAUCAUUUGGGACAGUAUAUGUUUUGCUUUCCUGUUGCUGCAAAGAAGAGUCUUCAUGAGUUACUACUUCCUUCAUGUGGUUGCAGAUAUAAAAGCUUCUCAGAUAUUAGCAUCAAGGGGUGCUGAGCUUUUUCAGGCUACAAUUGUCAAGGCUGUAAAGGCAAGAAUUGAAGAGGAAAAAAAAUCAAUGGAUCAGUUGAAAAGACAAAUGGAUCGCAUCAAAGCCAGGCAGCAGAAAUACAAGAAGGGUAAAGAGAGGAUGCUAAGCAUGAACCAGGAGUCCACAGAGGGACCAGAGAUUCGGAAGGUUUCUGAAGAAGAUGAUGAAGGAGAUGCAGACAAAGAGAAAGCCAAGGGCAAAAAAAAGCUGUGGUGGCGGCCUUGGGUUGAUCAUGCUUCCAUGGUCAGAAGUGGAAAUUAUUAUUUGUUUGAGACGGAUAGUGAAGAGGAAGAAGAAGAGGAAAAAAAAGAAGAGGAAGAGCCCCGAAAAAAAUCUGCAUUUCAGUUUGUCUAUCAAGCCUGGAUAACUGACCCUAAAACAGCCCUACGACAGAGGCGGAAAGAGAAGAAAAGUUUUGGGAAAGAGAAGCGAAGGCGAAAAGGAUCUGGGGAUGGAGGUGGCAAUGAUGCAGACUGCGAGGACAGUGAAGAGGAACCUGUCAAAAAGAAAUCUGAUGGACCAGAUAACAUCAUCAAGAGGAUAUUUAAUAUCUUGAAGUUUACUUGGGUCCUUUUCCUGGCAACGCUGGACAGUUUCACAGCUUGGCUUAACUCCAUCUCCAGAGAGCACAUCGAUAUCUCCACGGUGCUCAGGAUCGAGCGCUGCAUGCUCACCAGGGAGAUUAAGAAGGGAAAUGUUCCGACACGGGAGAGCAUCCAUUUGUACUACCAGAACCACAUGAUGAAACUUUCUGAGGAGUCAGGACUAGACUCAAUUGAUAAAAAUCCCAGUCAAGCUUCUGGUUUGCAAGCAUCUGAAAGAAUGGAUAGUUUAGAUUCAGCAGCAUCUCAUGACAGCAUUUCCAGUGAACCCACGCAGGUCACCAUGCUCUAUUCCCGUCAGGGGACCACAGAAACCAUCGAGGAGGUAGAAGGGGAGCAUGAGGAAGAAGGAGCCCAUUCUGCAUCAAGGUUGGAGGAAGAGGAGGUGGAAGAUUAUAGCCUGGAUUCAGAAGGAGCUGCAUAUACUCCUGACACCGAUGUGCCAUUGUACUCCACAGUGGACAGCAAUGCAGAAGCUCCACCUUCCUACAGCAAAGCUGUCAGCUUUGAACACCUUCCCUUUGGCUCCCCAGAUGACUCAGCUGGGAAGAGCCUCAUGAUGGUGAGCCCGGAUGACAGUCGGACGGACAAACUGGACACGAUCCUGCCCCCGCUGACACACGAGCUAACAGCUAGUGAGCUGCUCCUGAACAAGAUGUUUCAUGAUGACGAGCUGGAGGAGUCAGAGAAGUUCUAUGUUGGUCAGCCUCGAGUCCUGCUCCUUAUUUAUGCCCUGUACAAUACUCUGGUGGCCCGGUCAGAAAUGGUGUGCUAUUUUGUGAUCAUCCUUAACCACAUGAUCUCUGCCUCCAUGAUAACCCUGGUGCUUCCCAUCCUCAUAUUCCUGUGGGCCAUGCUGUCUGUUCCUCGGCCAAGCAAGCGCUUCUGGAUGACAGCCAUUGUCUACACCGAGGUGGCCAUUGUCAUCAAAUACUUCUUCCAGUUUGGCUUCUUUCCUUGGAAUAAACAUGUGGAUUACACAAAAGAUAAACCUUACCAUCCACCCAAUAUUAUUGGCAUUGAGAAGAAAGAGGGUUAUGUGCACUAUGAUCUUGUUCAGCUUCUUGCUUUAUUCUUCCACAGAUCCAUUUUAAAGUGCCAUGGACUGUGGGAUGAAGAUGAGAAAGGAGACAGCUCCAGUAAUAAAGAGGAUACUGAUGAUGAGCUCUCUCUGGCAGGAGGCAGGAGAGACUCUUCUGCCUCUUUGAAAUCUGUCAAUCUUGCUGCAUCUGUGGAGUCCAUCCAUGUCCACUUCCCAGAGCAGCAGACUGCCAUCAGAAGGAAGAGCUCUAGCAGCAUAUCCCAGCUUUCUCACAGGUCCAGCUUCUCCUCACACAGAUCUAAGAGAGGGAGUACCAGUACACGGAACAGCAGUCAAAAGGGAAGCAGUGUGUUGAGCAUCAAGCAAAAAUCUAGAAAAGAGCUUCUCAUGGAAAAGUUUCGGGAGCAAAUGAUCAAAGCCAAGGCUUUUACAAUUAAAAAGACUCUCCAGGUGUAUGUGCCCAUCAGACAGUUUUUCUACAAUCUCAUUCAUCCAGACUACAGUGCAGUGACUGAUGUGUACGUGCUGAUGUUCCUCGCAGAUACAGUGGACUUCAUCAUCAUUGUGUUUGGAUUUUGGGCUUUUGGGAAACAUUCUGCUGCAGCAGAUAUCACCUCUUCAUUAUCAGAGGACCAGGUCCCAGAGGCAUUUUUGGUGAUGGUGCUCAUUCAGUUUGGUACCAUGGUGGUAGAUCGAGCACUGUACCUCAAAAAGACUGUCAUGGGAAAAGUCAUCUUCCAGGUCAUCCUUGUUUUUGGAAUACAUUUCUGGAUGUUCUUUAUCUUGCCUGGAGUGACAGAAAGGAAAUUUAGCCAGAACACAGUUGCCCAGCUCUGGUAUUUUGUGAAAUGUGUUUAUUUUGGCCUAUCAGCCUAUCAGAUACGCUGCGGAUAUCCAACUCGUGUUCUUGGCAACUUCCUCACUAAAAGUUAUAACUAUGUCAACCUCUUCUUAUUUCAAGGGUUCCGCCUAGUUCCAUUUCUGACUGAGCUGAGAGCAGUAAUGGACUGGGUUUGGACUGACACCACUCUCAGUCUUUCCAGCUGGAUCUGUGUUGAAGAUAUCUAUGCUCAUAUAUUCAUCCUGAAGUGCUGGCGAGAGUCAGAAAAAAGAUAUCCCCAACCAAGAGGCCAGAAGAAAAAGAAAGUUGUGAAGUAUGGAAUGGGUGGCAUGAUUAUCGUCUUGCUGAUUUGUAUUGUCUGGUUCCCACUGCUCUUCAUGUCUUUAAUCAAAUCUGUUGCAGGCAUCACCAACAAGCCUCUAGAUGUAUCAAUCACAAUAACUCUAGGAGGUUAUCAGCCUAUUUUUACCAUGAGUGCUCAGCAGAAUCAGCUCAAAAGUUUGGAUCCGAAUGAGUUCAGUGAAUUUCUGAGAAGCUAUAGGGGUAACACUGCUGCUUUGCAGUUUCUAGAGGGCUAUGCAAGAGAAGAUAUAACUCGAGCAGAUCUGGAGGGAAAUUCAAAUUCUUUAUGGACCAUAAGCCCUCCCAGUAGGCAGAAAAUGAUACAGGGACUUCGAGACUUUGAUGCUGAUUUCAGUUUAGUUAUUUCAUGGACCAUUCAGAGAAAUCUCUCCCUCGGUGCCAAAGCUGAAAUAGCAUCAGACAAACUGACUUUUACACUAAAAAAACAUACCAGAGAACAUAUUGCAAGAAUGAUGGAAGGAAAUGAAACGGAAAAGGUGGAAAAGGUAACAUUAGAAGAAGUGUACCCAUACUACAUCAAGGCUCCUAGUGAUUCUCUGGCAAAACCCAUAAAGCAGCUAUUGAGAGACUGCAAGUGGGAAAAUAUUACAGUUUCCCUUGUCAAAAAUACAUCUGAAGAGUGGUGGGUUUUGGAUCAGCUUGGAAAAAGACAAAAAGUGUCCCAUGAGAGUCUUGAACUCUUCAUAUUCAGUGAUAAAGUCAGUCCACCGAGCCUUGGAUUCUUGGCUGGUUAUGGCAUUAUGGGACUAUAUGCCUCAGUUGUCCUGGUGAUAGGGAAGUUUGUCCGUGAAUUUUUCAGUGGGAUCUCUCACUCCAUCAUGUUUGAGGAGCUACCCAACGUGGACCGAAUCCUGAAGCUGUGUACUGACAUUUUCCUGGUGCGAGAGACUGGAGAACUGGAACUAGAAGAAGACCUGUAUGCCAAGCUAAUAUUCCUGUAUCGCUCACCAGAGACUAUGAUCAAGUGGACUAGGGAAAAAACUAAUUGAUCUCUUUGGCAUCACACUGCAAAUCAAGUUGGUUAAAUCUGAAUUUUAAAGGAAAAAGAAAAAAAAGCACAAUAUUCUCUUAAGAGCUAAGUCUUUUAUAGCUGGGUAGCAAUGAUUUUUCACUGAAGGAAUCCUGGAAGUUACAGCCUUAGGAAUCCAUGCUGCCUUUCAAAUUAAGGAUCAACAGUGAAGAAGGUUGAAUGAUUUGUUAUUUUUAAUGUGCCACUCCUCUACAAUCUGGGGACUGCUUUGUAAUAUAAUCAGCAAAAAGUUUGCAUCUUUGUCUGGCUAAUUUAAUUUUCCAGACGACCAUUACAACUUAGAGAGAAAUGAAAGGAGUGAACCCACAGAUGACUCCAGUGUACCUUCUUAAUCCUUUCUGGAGCCACACAGUUUGGAUUGUGCAAUAUGCUGUUGUACAUCACUGACUUUCGAGCUACAGUAAUGGGACACUGACGAGCCUUCAGGACACCCAGCACCCAGGGCCACUCUGGGAACUGAAGACAUUCUAGCCAUACCCAUUUGUAGAAAAGCAGAGGUUUUGAUGUACAAAGGACACUGUGGACAAGCCUCUGUCAGCAAAAAGAAAACAAGUAACAAUCUCUUGAAAUGCCUUAUUUUAUUUGUACAGUCACAGGAGACAUUUCCACCAAACAUCAAUGACUUUUCUCAGGAAAAAGAAAAAGCAACUGAAACUUGACACUUCGUCAAGAUUAACUAAUGGCUAGAAUAAUUAUGGUGAAUUAUGGGGUGUUCUGCUGGGCCAUUUUCUUCAGCAUUACUGCUUUCUGUUGGAUGAGAAAAGAAAGUGAAAUCAAUGACCUAAUGAGCUACUUCAUUUCUUAUAACCCUUUAAAGACUGAGUAGUGUGUGCUUCUCUCUGCUCCCCAUGACAUGCUUUUUCCCAUUUCGAUGAUUUAAGGCAACUGUUGUUUUGCUGUUAGCUGAUAUUCUUCUUCCAGUGUUUCAGGUCUAUGAAAAUGUUUACAUAUUCCAAGUCACAUUUUUACAUCUGAGACGGGUUUUCUUUUUUUAAGUUCCCAAAUAUAGAUACACAUAUGAGCUUGAGAAAUGCCCUUUUUUUAAAACUGCUAUUAUUAGUGAAACAAAUGGCUCAUUAGAGAACAUUGCAGCAUGAAAAUUUACAAUUACAAUGUAGGUUUCUUUCCAUGUUAAAAAAAAAAAAAAAAACUGAGAAAAAAAAUCAUUGAGUGGGUAGGGUAUGUUAAAAGGAUAUACUUGUAGUUUUGAUUCAGUAAUGACUUAAAAUAAAGCACAUGUUGCAAAGUCAUUUUAGAAGUAUUUUUUCCUCUGCCUUUUUACAUGAAAUGGGAAAAGUUUGACAUUCUUCUUAAUCUGUGACAAAUAAGUCUCUUUCUUGUAGUUAGCUGCUAUUUAUUAUAUGAAUGAUUAGUUAAUCACCAGAAAGAAACUAACAUAAUUUGCUGGCACAUUUUACUGCAGAACUUCAUAAAACAGCACAACUAAAUGAAGUUGAAACAUACUCUGCUGAGUGCUUCCAUGACAAAUGCUGUCACAUCCAUUCUAUACUGUGAAAACUAACACUUUGAGCACCUUGACGUGCACAAAAUAAAAAAUUGCUUCAUGAUAUUGUAACAAUAAAAUAAUUUGGUGACUGGAACUCACUGGAAGACAACCUGAUUUCCUCUGAAGUGAAAAGGUGGCUGCUCAUAGCCAGGCAGCAUUCCCCCCUGGAAAGUUUUGCUCCAUUUCUUUCAUAGGUCCUGUGAAUGAAAACUGAAAUAUAAAGGGCAGCCCUGACAUAGCACUCAGGGAUGCUAAAAUGUCUUUUAUGUUAGAUGGAGCCUCACCUGGAUACAGUGAUUUUAAGGAGACCAACACUGGAAGGAGAAGUGUGUUUCUAAAGGUACCAGCCAGCAGAACCAUGCUGGCCACAGCUGGUCCCAGCUCCCUUCCUGGUUUCUUCUCUUCAACAGGCACUUCCUUUUUUUGGGGAAAAAUCUGAAUGAGCUGUACAGUUAUUUGGGCUUUGCAAAAAUGUGCUGCUCUUUCUUUCAUGGAUUGAUCAAACUUUGAAAAUAAAAGGAUUCUACUGUU